AUGGCUGGAUCCAAAUCAUCAAACAUUUUCUCAUCAGUCCUUUUCUGUGCAACCACGUUAAUGUUUCUGUCAAAUAUUCUGAACAUCGUCCCAAAAGCUCAGGCAGCACGGGACAUGACCAUUUCUGCAGAAGAAGCAACAAAAUGCUUCAGUUUCCUAGGAGACGUACCAGGUUGUGCAGAAGGAAUGUUGGGAAACUGGUCGUUGAUAAAUCACCGUUGUUGCAAGGCCAUCCUUGAUGAAAGUCAACUUUGCUGGGAUAAAAUUAACCCUGUUCAUGCAGAAAUCCCUCAAAUCUACAAAGAUUAUUGCACUGGAGGCUUUCUAGAACCUUCUUCUCCUUCUCCAUCUUCUUCGAUUGAGACGACUCAAGAUCUUGAACAGUGUUGGGCUUCUUUAAGGAACAUAGAAGGUUGUGUUGGGAACAUAUUUUAUGCAUUGCUUCAUGGUGACUUUAAUAAGGUUGGACAUGAAUGUUGCCAGGCUGUGGAGUCCACUGCGGACGAGUGUUUGUUUAAGAUGUUCCCUUGGAACCCUUUCUUUCCCAUUUUGCUUAUCAGGUUUUGUACCAAUCAUUAA